AAAUUAGAGAAGAUACCAUCUGAAAUAAUGAAAGUACUAGGUAAAAUUGAUGAAUUGAAAAAUCAGAAUGUCAAGGCUUCUAGUUGUCUAGUAUAUAUAUACAAUCCUGGUAAACAUAUGAUUUAUGUGCCUGGUCACAUGCCAUAUAAUGUGCUUUGCUUUGAUGGCAAACAUGAGGGUAGAGGCUGGCUAAUGAUUCAGCGACGAGCAUUUGGCAACGAGGAUUUUCAGAGGGAUUGGAACACUUAUCGUGACGGCUUUGGAUCCUUCGAUGGCGAUUUCUUUUUAGGUUUGCACAAGAUCCACCACAUUACACACGCACAUCGACAACAAUUGUUCAUUUACAUGGAAACCUUUGAUGACAAAUGGUUUGCAGCUAGCUAUGACAAUUUUCGAGUGGGAAGCGAGGAGAGUCAAUUUCUAUUGGAAUCGCUGGGUGCAUUCAGGGGGUUUAACAAAUUGGAGGAUAAAUGCAGAAUCAAUGAACAUAUGAAAUUUACAACUCGCGAUCGGGAUAAUGACAUAUGGCCGAAGGGUAACUGUGCGAUCCAGAGGCGGAGUGGAGGUUGGUGGUACAAUGCCUGUUCCUUAUGCAAUCUAAAUGGAGUUUACUUUAAAGUUGAAGCAAAUAGUGAGCGCGGUGUAACUUGGACUGGGUCGGAGGUACUUAAAAAGGUUCAUAUGCUUAUUCGUCCUUUAAUCUGAAGAAGAGAGAACGUUUUAAAUCACAAUAGCCUCUU